AUUUCGGUAUCCGGCUAUUGGAAUAUAGAUGAAGUGGGUAUUAUAAUAGCGAUGUUGAAUAGGAGGUUCGAGGUCUUGGUAUUGAAUAUAGAGAAGAAGAUACUAGUAAAGAUUGUAGACUUCUAUAAUAGGAAGUCUACAACGAUCAUUAGCGCUAGUAAUGCUCUUGGAGAUGCUAUUCCUACCUAUAAUAUCUUUAAGGAAUGGCUAAACGAGAACUAG